CGCUCACUGCGCUCUCAUCCUGGCCGUAGCUUGUGUCUCUGCCUACUCCGUGCGUAAGAGCGCACAGAUGGGAAUGUUAACGGAUGCUCUUCUGAAAACGCGCAAUCGGAGCAGCUGAGAGCGGCAGUGGACGGACGUACAGCAGAGCAACUUCCCCAAACUCCACUUCAGCCCGCGGAGAUUUCAUUUCUGCUCUCCAUCCGUGCUCCUGUUUUCUCUCCUGUUUGGAUCAGGAUCUGCUGGUAAAAUGUCGGAAGGCGGCGCGGCGCUGCCGGACUUCUCCGCCCGCCAGCAUCGUGCGCCUUCCCGCGUCGCUCCAGGUUUGCUCGUUUCUGCGUGAAGUUGAAGGCGGGAAGCCAGCGCGAUGGGGGGCAGAUUCUUCCUGCUCGCCUUCCUGUUGCUCAAACUCACGGCUCUGGUGUGCAAGGCGGACGGGGAGCCGGGGCUGCUCGGCGGCUUCGUCAUGAUCGCCACGUCCAACGGGUCCCGGGAGGAGGACGGCGCGCCGGAGGAGGCGCCGCACACCGAGGAGCAGUGCCGGGGUUACUACGACGUGAUGGGCCAGUGGGACCCGCCGUUCGUCUGUAAGACCGGAGACUACCUGUACUGCUGCGGCACCUGUGGCUUCCGCUUCUGCUGCUCCCUGAAACACUCGCGGCUGGACCAGAGCACCUGCAAGAACUACGACACGCCGGUGUGGAUGAAGACCGGCCAGACGCCCUACAAGAAGAUGAACAAGAUGCACGACAGCACCAAAGACAAGACCAACCUGAUCGUCUACAUCAUCUGCGGCGUGGUGGCCAUCAUGGCUCUGGUCGGCAUCUUCACCAAGCUGGGGCUGGAGAAGGCGCACCGGCCGCAGAGGGAGAACAUGUCCAGGGCCGUAGCCAGCGUGCUGCAGGGCAGGGGCCCAGGUGAGCCGUUCCGGGGGGAGGAGGCCCUCGGGAUUCACUCUCAGCACUUCGUCUCCAGACCGCCAGCCCUCCAAGGCGGCCAGCUGAACAACAACGUGGCAGCGAGCUCCAGCGUUGGCCCGCAGCACCCCUACCCGGCGCUCAGCCAGCUGGCUCAGGCCUACGAACAGCAGCAGCAGCAGCAGAACGCCGACCUGAACAAGUACGCCUCCCUGAAGGCCGUAGCUGCCAAGUACAACGGAGAAAUCUACAACAAGCGGCGGCUGAUGGUGGAGCUCCCGACGAAAGGCGGCCUUCCUCUCCAACCGAUGGGAAACUCUCGGAGCGCCAUGGGCAACCUGUCGAUGACGCAGCCGAUGGCCACCAACACCAUGUCGUCAAACCCCCUCACCUCUAACUCCUUGAACCCCUCCAUGACGCAGAUGGUUUCAAUGGCCCCAAUGGCUUCAAUGGCCCCAAUGGCUUCAAUGACAGCAAUGACAUCCAUGCCGCAGAUGACCUCACUCUCCCCAAUGCCCUCCAUAACCCCCAUGACCUCUUUAGGUCCACUGACUCCAGAGCCUGUGGCCACCUACGUGACGGAGAUGCCCAGCAUCUCGUCCGUCUCCACCCUGCCGUCGGAGCGGCACAUUGCGGGCGGCAGCGGCGGACUCAAGCCCAACGGCCAAAAGCCCAAAGGCGGCCACGCGACCCACAGCUCCUACAGCUCCUACAGCUCCCACACGCACACCCACACCCACACCCACAGUAGCAAGGCGCCAGGACUCGGGGCUUCUUCCCUGGCGCACAUGGUGGGGACGAUGCCAGGCGGCAUGUCCAGGGCCGUGGAGACCGCCUUUGGCUCGAGCUCGGCCACCAUGGGCCGGCCGUUCACCUACAGCUCCAACACCAUCGCUGGGCACGCGGCGGGCUUUGGCAUAAAGGGCUGGGAUGGGACGGAGACGGUGGGCAGGAGGAAGAGCUACGGGCACAAGAGGCCCCAGUGCACGGUGCUGGAGCCCAACCAGCUGCACGGCACGCGGGGCCAGAGCCACAGCCAGCACUUCCUGCCCACGCAGCCCUACUUUGUGACCAACAGCAAGACAGAGGUGACUGUGUGAGAGCGAGAGGAGACGCGAAUAAUCUCUGGUUGGAGACGCCGCCUCCUGGGGAGAUCCGGAGGAGGCGGAGCUUCGUAGUCUGAGUGAACGUUGCCUUGAAGUCAGAGCCAACCAAUCAGAUCACGCUUCAGACGUUGACAACAGACAGUACGUACCCGAGGCCAUGUUUGUACAUUUGUGCCGAUGUUCGAGUUGUCUCCUUCUCUGUGACGAUGUCCAAUGUUAGAGAGUCAGAAACCAAACCUGAUAGCAAUAUCGCAGAUGAAGAGCAAUGUCAUGGUAACGGAGAAAAACCAAGUUAUUACCCAGAAGCCUUUAGGAGAGACUUCCUCAACGAAACACCAAACGGUCUGGAGGAAGAAACGUUCGCUCAUGAUUUACAACCGUUUCUCCUGAGAGCUUUGAAGCAGACGCACACAGAGGUGAUGAUAGUGAUGAUGAUGAUGAUGAUGAUGAUGAUGGUGAUGAUGAUGAUGAUGAUGGGCUUCAGAUUUGAGGUAGACGCAGCAAAAACAGUAAAUUUCAAACGGUUUUUAAAUCUGAUUGGAUCCCAAAGAUUCAAUCUGAGAUUAAAUCCUCUUAAUCCCUGAGAUCCUUCAAUUUUAAUAAUCUGGCAGCUAUUUUAAUACAAUAACUAAACAACUAAACAGGAUGAAUGUUUUCAACCAUAAUGACCUAGUCAAAGUUUACUUAUGGAGAAACGUUAAAAACAACCGAAGCUGACCAACCGUGGUUAACGAAGACAGAAAAUCAAACAAAAACGGACGAAAAGUAUAAAAUACAGAAUCUGAGCAGAAUAAAAAAAUCGAGUUUAAAGUGAAGCUUCUCGCCUGAAACAUUUUAAACCAGGGACCAAACAUAAAUUUAAACCUUAAAUUGCUUCAAAGAUUCAUUUUCAGACGGCUGGGCUCAUUUUGUGCAAUUUAAUGCAAAAACUAUAAAAUAUUUUUAAAGAAUUGUUCUAACCUUUCUAAACCUCUUAUUUUUCUAUCAGAUCAUUCUCUGAACUCCAGUUUUACCCACAGAAAGAGAGAAAAACCAUCUGGAAGAAUCUAUGUGGGUUAAAUGACUCAAAUAUAAAAAUAAACCCGUGAGUGUGACAAAUAGGCCAAAUCUUCGAAGGGCUUCUUCAAGCCUGUUUGCAUGUUUCCAGCUCCAGCUCUCCCAUCCGGAACGUUUCCGUCUCCGUGGCUAAAGCAGAAGAAAAGUUCAGGUGAGAAGGCAGAAGCACAACCAGCUGCUGGAGAGACAGCAGCGCCGUUCAGGUGGGAGGAAGCAAACAGAGGCGCUAAAAUCUCCUUUUAGACAUGGAGGAAGUCAGAGCAUGUGACAAUCUGCUGAGCAGAAAACCUGUUAAAGUCUAACGUUACUGCCAGCGCCGCGCCGCACCAAUCAGCGCUGCAGAGGAUCACCUGACACUGAGGCAGGAUGUUUCUGACUAACACUGUGCAACACGCUGCUCCUUCCAGGGUCACAUGACCAACACCUGGGGCCCGACGGGACUAAACCACAUGGGGCCCUACCGACGGCCCCCAGCAGGAUUAAAACAGGACGUCACUUUACAAAGAACACGUUUUCACAUGUUGCUCACCACGACGCAGAUAAUCUGUGAAAAGAUCGAUCUCCUACAUUUCAUCCCUGAGCUGCUACUGCCUUCUGAAGAAACGCACCAAAAACCAAUCAGAGCCAGGAGGAGGGGCUUAGCGCUGUCAAUCAUCCCCAUGUAUUUGCUGCUAAAUGUGCUAGUAGAGGAGAAACAACUCACUGUUACAGAAAAGCUGUUCAUCUUCUGUCAUCUGUGGCUAUGCUAACUAGCAUUAGCAUUCACAACAUUCAUGACGUGUAAAUGGCCAUGAUUGACAGCGCUAAGACCCGCCCACUGAAUCUGACUGGUUGUUUCUGGUUAGCACUGGGAGGCAGAGGAGAUGGAUUAUUCCACAGAUUGUCUCAGAUUAAGCUCACAACGUUUCAACAAAUAUAAAAACAUUUUAUAAAAGUUACGUCACUUUAAAACGCGUCACGACUGCAGAACGAAAACCAGAUUCACAUUGAGUGGAACCAGAGAGGGUCUGGUCUGCCCCUGGCAGCGGGGCUUUUAUGUUUGCCCCUGGCAGCGGGGCUUUUAUGUUUGCCCCUGGCAGCGGGGCUUUUAUGUUUGCCCCUGGCAGCGGGGCUUUUAUGUUUGCCCCUGGCAGCAGGCAGGCAGAGAGUCGGCGCCGUUUCUGCUCCUGUGUCCAGGACAGACUGAAGCUCCAGACGUCGGCCAUUUGUAACUCGGCCCUUUCUCUCUUCUGAUCCGUUUCUAUUCAUCUUUUCUCCUUUUAUACAGAGAAAUCUGAGAAACUACCUGAGAAAUGUUGUGAGCUAAAAUAGUGUAAUUUUAUUUCACUUUUGUACAACUUCCUGUCCCUUUGAACACGAUGUGGCCUUUGCUUCGGCGGCGGUGACAGAAUCCAUCUUUAAUAUCCACUUACUGAGAAAAUCCAAACAAUCAAAACUAAAUGAAUCCAAUUCAGAUCAAACUGAGAGAAAUUCAGAUUUAACUCCGGACUGGCUGAGAUUCUCCAAACGUUCAUUCAGGUGAAGCUACUGCAGGAAUCUGGUGUCA